GACUGAAGUCAGCUGGUUCAUUAACUCACUUCCGUUCCGUGUGUCGCACGCAACAUAAGGACGGUAAUCAGCUCACGCCGUAGUCUGUCACUUGACUCAACGUAGUUCUUUUACUACACGAUUCUGUAAAAAGUCAGCUGGGCGUCAGAUAUUUGGAUGGAGCCAGUUUCAGAUUUGAAGCCUGCCAUUCACUGCUUUGACAUCGCGAGGGUCGCCAUAGCCCUGCAUCCUCACAUUUCUGCAUCUCAAUGAGAGAAGAAUGGUCAAGUACUUCUCAAACAACACAGACAUCCAGAACGCCUGGGAACAUGUUGUCUCUGCAUUCUGGCGGAGAUACCCAAAUCCAUUCAGCACUCAUGUGCUGACGGAGGACGUGGUCUACCGGGAGGUCACUGCCGACCACAAGCUCCUCUCCAGACGGCUCCUCACCAAGACCAACCGCCUGCCGCGAUGGGCCGAGAAGGUGUUCCCCACCCACCUCGCCCGCUCCGUCUACAUCGUGGAGGACUCCAUCGUUGACCCGUUGACCAGGAGCUUGACCACCUUCACCUGGAACCUCAACCACACCACGCUCAUGGCUGUGGAGGAGCGGUGUGUGUUUAAAGAGUCGGCCCUUCAGCCAGCGACCACCAGUGUAAAGCGGGAGGCGUGGAUCUCCUCUGGUGUGUAUGGCUUCUCAAGACCCAUUCAGGAAUUUGGAUUGGCACGCUUCAAGAGCAACCAGACCAAGUCCAUGAAGGGGCUGGAGCAUGCGCUGUUAAACGGACAUGGAGAGGCUGCCCAGCGACCACUCAGGGACCCAGUGAAGGAGCCGUUGGGGAAGGCCAAGGAGGCGGCCAAGACCCUGGCCUCAGUGCCCCCCACCAGCAAGCCUCAGCAAUACAUCUGACCCCCACACACACACAUACAUACACUUCACACACACCAGGAUUGAAGAAGCUGCAUUUCUAUGUGAACAUUUAUCGUUCACAGCUGAACAUACAAUACAAUGUAUUGUAUACAUUGUAUUGUAUACAGUGUAUUUCCUGUUGAUUAUGCCUCCGUAUCUACAGGCAUUACGUGUUGAUGGGCGAACAUAUCACACUUGCUACGUGCUGUCCGAGUUCAUGAGUUUGAUUGACUUUUAGUGAUCGAUUGCCCUGGUCUGGAGGAGCCAGGCAAGCGUGCACAGAACAGACACAUGUCCAUAGGAGAAAAUUCACCCUGUGGGCACUGAUCAACACGACGUGCAUGUUCAAAGGCAUGUCGAUGUACAUGGUGAAACGUCAACGUAACGCACAAGCAAAACCUGUUGUCGGUCCAUGAAGUCAAUAGAUUGUACUUAAGCUGUACGGGGCUGGAAUAGAACCUACCUCUCGUGUUUUUUUUUAAAUUUAAUUUAUUCAUUUCUAAUUUAUAUUUUAAAUCUCAGUUCUAUCUGUACUUUUAUUCUGUCCAAGACCUGGUACCACUGGGGGAGGCUCUUGAUUCUCAUAUUUUUUAUAUAUAUAUUCGUAUAUAUAAAUAUAUAUCAAGAAACUUAAUGAAGCUCUUUGGUCUCAGGUAUUUAACCAACGUGUGCUGCUAACAAACCUAGCUUGAGCCGUCGCCAGCGAGGACGCAAGCUUGAAUAUCUAGCUGCUUAGCACAUAGAACAUGUUGGCUGCACUGCUUUGGCUGUACAUAGACGCAUAAUUAUGGGUUUAAUGCAUUUUAAAUUGAUGUGAUGUUUUGACACCACAGUGACGGAUGUUACUUUGAACGUUUGGUUGAUUGAUAGAUCCGCUCAUCGCCAUCUGGCGACAGAGUAUGUUUUAUAGCUGCGUGGUAACCAUGGCGACCGCAUUGCUUUUAACCACGGGACACAUCAAUAUCUCGAAGAUGAUAUCGUACUUGUUUACUUUAUUCCGUAGGGCCUCACCAAAGUUCUAGAUGAUCAACAUAUGAAAAAAACAUUCUGUAACACAAAGAUGCCUGCAAAUGUAUUUUACUUUUGUGUUUGCAGAUAAUUGUAAUACUUGUAUGCAUAUAUUUACAUAAGAUAAGGUACAAUUUGUAAACGUUUUUUGUUUAGGUUUUAAUGUUUGACUAAAUUGCAUUCCCUGCUGAGGGAGAUGGCUUAGAGCUUUAGUUUGUGAAAGGAAAAUCCCCUAAUCUAUUUUCUUUCAAGCACUGGACAUUUUGAAACGUUGAUAAAUAAACAGACAAAUCUAGA